GAUCAUAAAUUCUUUUGCAAUGUCCGGUGGGUGCUACCACCCAAGAGAGAAGAAAGCGCGGUUUCUGGUCGCUCUGAUUCACGGGCGAUUGAGUCCCGCCUUUAGCCUCAAAACAGUCUGCAACGCAAAAACAACGUUAAUCUGAUCCUUGGAACUACAGAGUCUCCUUCGAAUCACCUGUAGGACACACUGAACAGAGGUUCCUUCAGGAAGGGUCGAAAUCUUCUACGAUUUUUUCACUUUUAUUUAUCAUCCUCCGUUGUCCAAAAAUGGGCUGUCCCGCUAGCAAACACGCUGAUACGAAGGCUACUAGAAUUGCGCGCUGGCGAUCCACAGGCAUUGUUGCUUUGCGCGACUCCAAAUUAAAGACAUUUCCAGAUGAAAUUCUUGAUCUGGACAGGUCUAUACACACUCUUGAUUUGACACAUAAUCGAAUAGCUGACAUUCCUCUGGAGAUGGGCAAAUUAAUCAACUUACGGCGCCUGGUAUUAGCUGAUAACCUCAUUGAGAGUCUGUCAGUGCAUUUGGGAAAACUACAAUCUCUAAAAAUCAUGAUCCUUGAUGGGAAUAGAAUUACUUCCUUGCCUGAUGAAUUGGGCCAGUUGGUGAAGCUUGAGCAGUUAUCCAUCUCAAGGAAUUUGUUAACAUGCUUGCCUGUGACUAUUGGCAGCUUGCGAAGUCUGGUGCUUUUAAAUGUGUCAAAUAACAAGCUAAAAUCUCUUCCUGAAUCUGUUGGAAGUUGCUUUUCUCUGGAAGAAUUACAAGCCAGUGAUAAUCUUAUUGGAGAUCUCCCCCUUUCAGUGUGCAAUCUCACCUGCUUGAAGUCAAUUUGCUUAGAUAACAAUGAGGUGAAGCUGAUACCGUUGAACCUAUUAAAGGAUUGUAAAGCUUUGCAGAACAUAUCUCUUCACAAUAACCCUAUACCAGUGGAUUUGUUUCAGCAGAUGGAUGGGUUUGCGGAGUUUGAAGCGAGAAGGAGAAAGAAGUUUGACAAACAAAUUAAUUCAAAUGUGAUGAUCAGUUCCAGAUGUCUUGAUGACGGUGUCGAUGUAUGAUAUAUUUUCUAGCUAGUUAUAGCCACUCACAAAUCAAACGGGAUUUUACGGCUGUAUAGGCUUUUGAGUUUUGAUGUAACUUUUUUUUUUUUUUUUCCUUUUGGGCCAAAAUUUUGAUGUAACUUGGAAAACAGCUUCUUUUAUUGUACUUGAUCCUCUCUUUCCCUACC